GUAAUGUCCUUUUUAAAAAAAUUACAGAUGUUAAAAUUCACAUUUUUGAUACUUUUGAUUAAUUAAUUUAUUAUCUGGCCCUUAAUCCAGUGACAAAAUGCACCUGGAUGAUACAACACCGGACAUGACGUUUACAACUGAAGAAAUAAGAGAUCUAACUGCUGUUCUUGGUUUUCCAAGAGAUACUUUAAGUAAAGCAAUAUUUUCUGACUAUGAUGCAACAGGUAUUUCACUCAAGGAAUUUCAUAAGUGUUGUGACCUGCGCUACUUCCACCAGAGUUUAAAUUUCACUUUUAACCUUAAAUCUGGAGGAUACAACACUCAUGUGUUAAAGAAGAGCAUUCAACUAAUUGCAGAUGGGAUUAGCUUAAAACAGUUGCAAGAAGUUCGCUUGUCUUUCGAGACGCACGAAGAAUACGACCAACGGGGAAUGAGAAUCGAUGAACCAACAUUUAUUAGAACUUUAAAGCUGUGUGGACUUGUUAUAUCACCUCAAAAGCUCAUGAACAGAGUGCGACAUUUGAAAGCCACUUAUAAGCACAAAGAUCGGAUACAACUUUAUGAGUUUCUAGAUCUUCUUAGAUGGUGUGAAUUAUUAUCAAAGCAACAAAUAAAUUAUGAACAAGUGAAGUCUACAGAACAAACGGAACGAAGCGUUUAUCUGCUGGAUGAUUUCAAACAAGUAAUCACACCACGACAUAAGAAAGUUCUGAAUUUACUGAACCAGAAAUAUCAACACCAGGAGCUUCAGUAUGGACAACCUAAACUUGUAUCUGAAAAGUUUUCUAACAACCCAAUUCCACAAGACACCUUUGAAUACGAGGUUAGACUUGCAAAUGAAGAUUUUGCUAAUUUGAAAAAAAGAUUAAAGAAGACAAGCAAACAGGUAAAAAUGUCAAGAGGUGGAUUCACAAACAUAAGAGCAAAGUCAGCAGUUACAUCAAGCACUUCUGCUGUGCAGUCGAAUAAAAGCACAACUUCUUAUGCAUCAAGUGUGGCAGGGGCGAAAAGAAACAAAAAGAAAGGUGCCGCAGCAUCUGUAUCUAUGACUACAAUUUCAGACAAAACCCAAGCUACAGUUCCAGCAAAUUUCCAGCACAAGCCACAAAAGGUGGAAAUACAAAGAAGACCAGCAUCUUGCCCUAUAUAUACACCACAGGAUCAAACAUAUGUUAAACAACUGAAAUUUGACAUUGAGACUGAAAGUCAGAGAUGGUCAGAUUAUUUCACCGAUGAAAUUUCAUCUCAUCUUCCAAAUUAUCAAGAAGUGAUGAAGAGAUUGGUCAAAGAACCUCCAGCUCCAGGAGUAAAGAGAAUAUAUAGAAGAGAACGACCUUCGAAAAAAUUUGUUCGAAGACUUGCCGAACCAAAACCUAUGCUUCCCAACACUCAUUUAAAACAUUGUUCUGCAUUGACACAAGGCAUGGGGAGUGAUGAACAUGCUGUGACAUUACAAAAGCAUGCAAGUGUGGUCAAUGAGACAAGGAAAUCAAAACGAAAACCAAGAAGUAGCAGAAAGAGAAAGCAACCCAAGGGCCACACAAGCUUUCUACACACUUUUCUAUCAGAACUGGAUACAGACGAUGCAACAGAUUCUGACACUGAAUCAGAAAAUAAUGACAUCUUAAAUGAAAACUUGAAUGAUGUGGAAAAGUUAGAGCAUGGACCAUUUAUUAACCAGGGCACUCUUCAAAUGGUAGAGAGCACAGACAGCAUGAUGAAUCAACCUGCGAUAGAGUGUGUCACACCUGCAAUGGUAAAGCGAGAUAAAGUGUCUGAAGCCAUGGACUUGAUUUGUGGAGAUUUUUCUCGGGUGUAUUUGGUUCCUCAGAAGCUAAGUGUUAGGCAGAGGAUGAUUAAUCAAAGCAUUGACGAGUCAAACCAACAGUUACACCACAAGAAAAAAGAAAAGUCGUUUGAUCCACCAACCUCAAGACCUGUCAGUGCAAGAUCUGUUGACAGUCAAACAACUGAAACAACUGCAUUCGAACAAUAUAUAAGUGAUCCAGAAAAUUUAAAAGUGUCGGAAGAAUACAAAGCAAAGGAAGAAGAAGAAAAAACUUCUGGGUUGAGAAAAUCUUACAAACGAAUGACAAGACGGUUAUCAGCAUAUUGAUCCUCAAAACAAGUAAAGGAAUAUAAAUUCAUAAAAAUGAACGUUCAUUACAAUGCAAUUGAUUUCAUAUAUCGCUAGAGAAAAUCUCCAUUAGACCCUUGUAACAAAAUUACUACUGUGUAUAUGGUAGUCUAGAUGUUUUACCGUGUUCUUUAUUUGUUUUUACCGUGUUCCGUGUUCUGUCCCGCUUUUAUAAGUUACUGUUAGCUUUAUUAUGCAGUGUUUGUUAAACUAUUAUCUCAAUAAUAUGAUAUGCAGUGAGGGAAUCUAUUUUGGAAAUGUUUAUUUCCAGCAGUGAGUUAUAACAUUACACAUCCUUUCAUUUAAAUAAAUUGUAGCUGUUUUGUUGUUUUAUGUGCGCUUUGAAUAUACAUUCAUUUCAAGAGAAGUUUCAAUAUACAUUCAUUUACA